AUGGCCGACUCAGCUCGCCUCUUCCUGCUGGUGGCGGUGGCCGCCGCUCUCGCCGGCCGCUCAGACGGCGCGUGGUGCGUGUGCCGCACGGACCUGGCGGACAGCGCGCUGCAGAAGACGCUGGACUACGCGUGCGGCGGCGGCGCCGACUGCAAGCCCAUCCUGCAGAACGGCGCCUGCUUCGCGCCGGACACCGUCAAGGCGCACUGCUCCUACGCCGUCAACAGCUUCUACCAGCGCAACAACCAGAACCCGCAGGCCUGCGUCUUCUCCGGCACCGCCACGCUCAGCAACAACGACCCGAGCGGCAAUGGCUGCACGUACCCUGCGACCCCAAGCUUCCCCCUUAUUCUGGACUCCUUUCAAACUGGGGGAACAGUGGUAUUUAGCCAGCAGGGGACGAGGGGUGGAGGGAGGGCCGCUCGCUGGGGAGGCACCGCCGCAUCAGGAGGCCGUGGCCAAGUCGCGUCGGGACGCCGCUCCGCCGGGGAAGCCGCGUCGGGCCGGGGCAAGGCCGCUGGGGCUGGCCGCGCCCGCGUCGUGGAGCCAUGCCCGCCGAGGCAGGGCACCAUCGCCCGGGCAGGGCACGCCGGGACGAGGAGAGGUGCCGGGCGGGGGAGGGGCGUCGGUAGCAUGACCGCGCCAGGGACGGCCGUCGGCAUCGGGAAGGACCUCGCGCCGGCCAGGAAGAGCCGCAUGCUCGAGCGUAGAGAAGAAGAAGGGGAAAAAAUUUGCACGUGGAGUAAGGGGCCAACAAGAAUAGAGGGUGAAGGGGAAGAGUAG